AUGGGCUCCAAGGUCGGUGGUAUCUUUACCUCCGCUAAUGGUGUUUACCGCAAGAACAAGUGGGUCUGGAGUCUUUUCUGGGCCUUGUUCUUCACUUCCUGGUGGUUGUCCAUUAUCAUCCAGGACAAGCACCGUCACAUGUGGUUGAUCCCAACCAUUUUGUGGGGGUUCAUCAUGAUCAGAAUCAUCUCCUGGUACUGCCCGAUCCUUUACUGGAUCCUCCAUGCCGCGCAAAAAAUCUGGUACCUGGGCUCCGAUAUUAUCUACAAGUACAUUCCUAGCCACAACGCCAGAAUGGCGGUAGGUGCUUUAGUCACACUUGCUACAAUUUUGGUCGGUACCUUUGUGCCUUCGGAAACCGAGUACUCCAGGAGGGCUGACCGCGGCGUCUCCCUCUUCGGCAUUAUUGUUGCCCUCUUUGGUUUGUGGUGCACUUCCGUCAACCGAGCUGCUAUCAGGUGGCACACGGUUAUCGGCGGAUUGUUGAUGCAAUUCAUCAUUGCACUUUUUGUCUUAAGAACCAAGGCUGGCUACGACAUUUUCAACUUUGUCUCCUUCUUGGCCAGAGAAUUGCUUGGUUUCGCCAAGGACGGUGUUGCGUUCGUCACCAACGCCGAGAUUUCCCAGCUCGGGAUGUUCUUCUUUACCGUCUUGCCAUCCGUCAUUUUCUUCGUCGCCUUCGUACACAUUUGGUACUACUUCGGUGUUAUCCAGUGGGGUGUUGGUAAGUUUGCCUACUUCUUCUACUGGACGCUAAGAGUUUCCGGAGCCGAAGCUGUCAACGCCGCCGCUGCUCCGUUCAUCGGGAUCGGUGAGUCCGCCAUUUUGAUCAAGAACUUGUUGCCGUACUUGACCCGGGCCGAGAUCCACCAGAUUAUGUGUUCCGGUUUCGCCACCAUUUCGGGUUCCGUCCUUGUUUCCUACAUUGGCUUGGGAGUUAACCCGCAGGCCUUGGUCUCCUCUUGUGUCAUGUCUAUUCCUGCCUCUUUGGCCGUGUCCAAGAUGAGAUACCCAGAGACGGAGCACUCUGUUUCUGCCGGUAAGAUGGAAAUCUUGGGUAACGAGGAGGACGAGGCAGCCCGUCCUCGAAAUGUCUUGCAGGCCUUCUCUAACGGAGCCACUUUGGGGCUUAUCAUUGCUGCCACCAUUAUGACCCAGUGCUUGUGUAUCAUCGGGCUUGUGGCCUUGAUCAACGCGUUGUUGACUUGGUUUGGUGGUUUCUGGAACAUCCCACAAUUGACAUUGGAGUUGAUGGCCUCUUACUUGUUGUACCCCGUCGCCUGGUUGGUCGGGACUCCAAAGGACGAAGUGUUGUUGGUUUCCAAAUUGAUGGCCACCAAGAUUAUCCAGAACGAAUUCAACGCUUACUUAAUGUUGAUCAACGACGAACCAUUCACCUCCAUGUCCAAGAGAGGUUCCAUGAUUGCCACCUACGCCUUGUGUGGGUUCGCCAACUUCGGUUCCGUCGGUACCCAGGUUGGUGUUUUGGGAACCUUGGCCCCUACCAAGUUGAAGGAGAUUGCCGAGUUGGUCAUGUCUGCAUUGUUCACCGGUGCCAUCUCCACCUUAUUGUCCACUGCGGUCGCCUCUAUGGUGAUUCACGACUUGGCUAACUUCUCCGUUACCGGGGGCAGAUCUGGUUAG